GGCGGAAAUGGGCGGGUCCGGGCAGAUGUUGCGUGAAAGGAGCGAGGUCAAACUCCUUCGGAAUAUCUCGAGUGGACGCACGAAGACACGCUAAAGAUGUCAUUUGCCAGUGACAAGCUGUAUAACGGCUACCUGAGGACCAACAUGCCAACCAUUGUGAGCACGGUCAAAGUGAGAGAGAUGGUGGUCCAUUUGCCGUGUCUGACCGCUCACGACAGGGAGACCAUCGAGGCCAAGAGGGAGACGUGUGGCAAUGGUGACGCCAUGGUUCUUCUUCUGGACUGCCUGAAGAGGAGGGAGAGCUGGCCCGAGCACUUUAUCAAAGCACUGGAGAUGUGCGAGCACACCAGGAUCGCGGCUGAGGUGCGGGCGGAAUACGACACGCUGAGGGGCGCCCACAACUCCAACCCCAGCUCUCCUUCCAAUGUCCAUCCAGCUCCAGAUGAUGCUCACCUCCCCGUGCCCGAGACCGAUGCAGGUCUCGGCCAGGCCGCCGCGCCACCGUCCCCUCCACGACCCGCCCCCAAUGCCACACCCCCUCCGGUAACUGAAGCACAGCCUGAAGCUUCAACGCCGGCUGCCGCGCCCGAGUCGCCCCCCUCGCCCGACCGAGCGUGUCUUCAAGAGAGCGCCGAGCCGGAGACGCCGGAUCCGGCUCGCCCUGUGCCGGAGGAGACCUCUCCAUCCGACUUCCUGGUUGUUUUGCACCCUGAUCAAGUGAGCCCAGGAGAGGUUUCAGCGGGCGGCGCCGUGCCGACUGAACAGAGCGACGUGACCCCUGAGCGGCCCCCCGUGCAGACAACAGACCCUCCAGUGGAAGAGGUCGUCACCCUGGAGCCAGAAGAACAUUCCCAGGUGCGUUCAGUACCCGAUGCCACGCAGACUGAAAGUACAUCCGAAGGCUACGCCCUCCCCGCCGAUGACACGACCAUGGCACUGAGCCUGCCCUGCCCACUUCUCAGCGCCCAACCGCCGACCACCUAUUCGGGCAACACAGACUGUCUGGAAAUCAGCGACUUUGCACUAGGAGAGACAAGCACCGAACCCGAGGAAAACCCCCCGGAGGAAGAGGAUGUGCGGGUGCACGUGAUGCACGUGACCCAGCAGCCGUCGCUCCUCGACCUCGGCGGCCAGAGCGUCGGCAACGGCGCAGAACCCGAUGAAAACCCCCCUGAGGAAGAGGAGGCGCGGGUGCACGUGAUGCACGUGACCCAGCAGCCGUCGCUCCUCGACCUCGACGGCCAGAGCGUCGGCAACGGCGCCCAGCCGCCGACCACCUACUCGGGCAACACGGACCGUCUGGAAAUCAGCGACUUUGCACAAGGAGAGACGAGCGCCGAACCCGAGGAAAACCCCAAGGAGGAAGAGGAGGUGCGGGUACACGUGACCCAGCAGCCGUCGCUCCUCGACCUCGACGGCCAGAGCGUGGGCAACGGCGCCGAACCCGAGGAAAACCCCCCUGAGGAAGAGGAGGCGCGGGUGCACGUGAUGCUCGUGACCCAGCAGCCGUCGCCCCUCGACUUCGGCGGCCAGAGCGUCGGCAACGGCGCCCAGCCGGCGACCACCUACUCGGGCAACACGGACCGUCUGGAAAUCAGCGACUUUGCACAAGGAGAGACGAGCGCCGAAACUGAGGAAAACCCCCCGGAGGAAGAGGAGGCGCGGGUGCACGUGAUGCACGUGACCCAGCAGCCGUCGCUCCUCCACCUCGGCGGCCAGAGCGUCGGCAACGGCGACGCCUCCAAGGACGGCGCCGCCGAGGAGCCGGCGAACCCCUCCUCCGGCAGGCUGACCGCCAACAGCAAGUACAUCCUGACGGCUCUGGGCGUGGGCGCACUGCUGAUGGCGUGGAAGUGGAAGCAUUAAGGUCAGGGGGCGGUGAAGGAAGCAUGCCUUAUUGUCGUGGCUCGUCUCUGCAGGUGUGUCUUUCAGCAGCUCACCUGUCCGCUUUCAGGUGAGUUGCUGCGUGCGUGGUGGAAAUGUUUCUGUCUAGAAAUUUGAAUGAGAAAGUCAUUUACGUUCCGUCCUUUACAGCACCUGUGAGGAAAGCAUGUAGGUGCACAGGUGACUGUGAUUGGACAAAUGUCGGGUGGAGAGACUGGCGGUGACAACAUUUUUUGACCACUUCUUACGCAACACUUGAGCUUAGCUUUUGUUUAUAGCUUUAAAACUGUUUUUGUUAACCUUGGAAAGAAAACAUUUGUAUUUUGCAAAUAAAGCCAUUUUUGGAAAGACUAAAGUUGUAGU